AUGGUAAUUUUUAAAAAAAAAUGUGAGAAGUUGCCCAAUCUACCACAAAUCACCUCGCAAACGAAGAAGUCUGAUAAAACAAAUGCCAAUUUGUCAUCGCAGAUGGUGUCAUCGAAAUGUGAGUGGAUUAGAAAAAGAUCUGUUAAUUUUUUUGAGGUCAAACAGCUAAGAGUAUUCCUCGUAAGAAGCGAAGGAAAUAAGCAGGUAAAUCAUAAAACAAGGUUUGUACAGCGAUUACACUUUAUUCACUAUAUUUAUUCCUUCUUCAUGUUUCUGCACAAUUCUUCAGAAAGAGUGGGUGUAAUGGUACAUGCUCUACUUCGUUCAACUCUGACAUCGCAUCACAGAGAAUUUCUUUGUUUGUCAAGCAAAUUUGAAAUGUUGGUGAUAGACAAAAAUAAGGUGAUUCAUUCCAUGUGA